UGACGCACCACAGGUGCCUUCGCCGGUGUUGUCGGAGCAACGCAGCUGUGCCAAUGUUCGCUACUGGAUGUGGGUUUAUCUCCCACUAAGCGACCUCAGAAAAUGAGGACUGGUAUCUGACACACAUUACCUUAAGUACGUUGUCGUAUCUGAAGUUCACAAAUGACUAUUUAAUGACAACUAGCUUCAUAAUAACGAGCUAGCAACGAAGUCAUGGACAGGAGUGAGCAGAGCUGACAGGAACUCUGGUCAGCUAGUUAAUAUCAGGAAGUAUCACGUCUUAUUUAAUCACCAUGGUGCCGUUAAAGCGAAGAAAAGUCGUCUCCUCAGAUACUGGGAGUACUGGGAGUGACUGCAGUGGGGAUCAAGCACCAACAAAGUUCCCCCAGGUGGUUUUAUUUCUGCUGGAGCGGAAGAUGGGAGCCAGUAGAAGAGCUUUCCUCUCUCAGCUCGGACGAACCAAAGGCUUUCAUUUGCAGGAACUGUUCAGUGAAAGCGUCACACAUGUCAUUUCUGAAAACAACUCUGCUGAUGAGGUCAGGACGUGGCUGGACUCUCAGACCAGAGGUGAAAGCCCAACUGCAGUUCACCUCCUGGACAUCAGCUGGUACACAGAGAGCAUGCGUGCAGGCCGUCCAGUAGAGAUCCUGGACAGACAUAAACUACAGGAGCAGCAGAUCAAUGAAGCAGAGGUUGUUCUGUUCUCGGUGCCCAGCUAUGCCUGUCAGAGAAGGACCACUCUGGACAACCACAACGUCACCCUCACUGAUGCUCUGUCACUCCUGGCUGAAAACGCUGAGCUCAGUGACGAGGACGGGAGAGGUGUUGCGUUUCGACGGGCUGCUGCUGUGCUGAAGGCGCUCCCAGCUCCGGUGACGGCCAUGUCUCAGCUCACAGGGCUGCCCUGUCUGGGAGAUCACUCACUCAGAGUCAUCAAAGACAUUUUGGAGAAUGAAGCAUCGGAUGAGGUUGAAUCUACCAAACAGUCUGACCGGUUUAAAGCACUAAAGGUUUUGACAGGCAUUUUUGGGGUUGGAUCAAAAACAGCAGACAGAUGGAUCAGAGAUGGGAUACACAACCUCCAUCAGCUACAAGAAUCAGGAGCAACACUCAAUCGAGCACAACAAGCAGGUCUGGAGCACUACAACGACCUCAACCAGCAGGUCACUAAAGCAGAGGCUGAUGCCAUCACUGAGAUCGUGCAGGAAGCCGUCGUUUCUGUGUUACCAGGCGCUCAGGUUGUUCUAACCGGAGGAUUCAGGAGAGGGAAGCAGACAGGCCAUGAUGUAGACUUUCUAAUAACACAUCCAGAGGAAGGCAGAGAGGUGGGACUGAUGCCUAAAGUUGUCUUCUGGUUGGAAUCACAGGGUUUUCUGUUGUACCAGAAAACUACAAGGAACUCAUACCUGGAGGUAAAGGACGGUCCUGGUCGACCUUCCUCCAACAUGGACCGAUUCGAGAGAUGUUUAUCCAUCUUUAAGCUAGCCAAGAAAGAAGAACGAGGAAUCAAAGUGACAGUAAACACUGUAAAAACCAGGGACAGUGUUAGAGACCACACGCAGUCAGAGACGGAUCAAAAUCCACAAUCGCAUUCAUAUGAACGAUACGAGCUGACAAACCCACCUGCCCACAGACAGUGGAGGGCUGUGAGAGUGGACCUCGUGGUGUCUCCAAUCAGCCAGUUUGCUUUUGCUCUGCUGGGCUGGACCGGAUCCAAAUUGUUUGAACGAGAGCUGCGUCGCUGGGCAGGCCAUGAGAAGGCCAUGUCUCUGAGCAGCCACGCUCUGUAUGACAACAAACAGAGUCGAUAUCUGAGAGCUGCAUCGGAGGAGGAGAUAUUUGCUCAUCUUGGUCUGGAGUACAUCCCUCCGUCUGAGAGAAACGCCUGAAGAGACCUGAUGAACCCACUAAAGAUUAUAACCUGGAGGCAGCAGGGAAGAGGAACAGGACUGUGUGGCUCCUGGUGCAAGUGAUACAUCCAGUAAAUGUCCAUUUAUGCUUCUGCAUUAAGGCCUCAAACUUGCAAAGUGCUAGCUUUAAGUCAACUUGUGUUUCUUUAACUUCAGUCCACACACUGACUCCUUGAAAAUGAAAACGAAAAUGUAAUUCAUUAUUCCACGUUUUCACAUACAAAAACAGACAAACAGAAAUACCUAAUGUACACUACCGUUCAAAAGUUUGGGGUCACUUAGAAAUGUCCUUAUUUCUGAAAGAAAAGCAUUUUUUUCAGUAAAGAUGACAUUAAAUGAAUUAGAAAUACAGUCUUGACAUUGUUAAUGUGGUAAAUGACUAUUCUAGCUGGAAACAGCUGAUUUUUAAUGGAAUAUCUACAUAGAGGUACAGAGGAACAUUUCCAGCAACCAUCACUCCUGUGUUCUAAUGCUACAUUGUGUUAGCUGAUGGUGUUGAAAGGAUAAUUGAUGAUUAGAAAACCCUUGUGCAAUUAUGUUAGCACAUGAAUAAAAGUGUGAGUUUUCAUGGAAAACAUGAGAUUGCCUGGGUGACCCCAAACUUUUGAACGGUAGUGUAUAUCAUGAUAUACAUACAAAAAUAUUUCAACCUGAAAUGCUGUCAGUUAUAUUCCAUAUUAUCCACCAAGUCCAAUAUGAUGCACAACACGGUGCAUAACAGGGUAGGAAAAUUGUCACUGCACUCUGGUCCCAUUGACAUUAACUGCCCAUUAAGUGCUUCUUAAAUGUCAUUAAGUGUUGCAACAACAGCACGAUUCUUCCUUUGAGCAUGAAUGAAGACAUUUCACGCUAACUGAAAUAUUAAGUGGUAGAUUAUGCUUUUUUAUGUAGCAUUUUAGAAUAAAGUAAUAAUCAGUG